AUGCGUUUCCGUCGUGGUGACAGCCUCCCUGAGACUACUCGUCCAUUGGCUGCAGUGACAUCAUCAUCGUGUUGCACUCAGCCCUUCAUAAACCCUAAUAACCCCAACUACCGUUCUUAUGUUGAUAUUUGCCCUAAGAAGCGUCUCAACCGUCGCUUUGUCCGAUAUACCCCUAUUACCAUUCGAGACGAGGAGCUUGUGCGGCACUGUAAUAUCGAAUAUCCUCAGCAUGGUAUUGACCUUCGUGGCAUCCAGGAUAUGUUUGACACCGACUUCUACUGGGAUUUCUUUGGUGGUUGGAGUUCACUAAGACCCUUCCACAUGCGAUUCGUCGAAUCAGUAGCACAGACUGUGAAAUUCACCAUAGCAAUUUCUGUUGGCCGAGGCAUUCAAGGCGCCACUCCUCACGGUUUCUUAUCUACCCUUAUAUGUGUCAUGAGAAAUGUGAAAAGAAUGUGCGACGCGGGUCUGCUCGCAUGGGAUCAAAUUGUCGUUUGUGUGGUUGUCGAUGGUCGUAACGAAUUCGAGGUUGCUAAAGAAGAUUACCAAACUUCAUUUCUCAACGAGCUACAACGUAUGGGAGUUUAUAUGAGCGCUGAAGAGCUUUGGAAACCUGGUGGUGAACUGGACAGAGCUGCUAGGAUCUACCCCGAGGAUCGAGAGGCAUUGAGACGAGGCUGCCUCACUGUGGACCAUGGGAAGGAGGUAUUCGUCCACCUCUUUGAGAGUACUAUACAGUUGAAAGGCAACGACUUCCCGCCACUGCAAUUGGCAUUAUGUGUGAAGGAAUAUCCAGACCAGAGUUCAGCAGAUCCUAUCGUCACGUCGCGGAUGGCAUGCCACCUUUGGGCCAUCGAAGGUGUAGCUCGCCACUUCGCCAAUGUCACUUCUUCCAAGAACGACGUUAAAGUGGCGUUAAUAGACUGCGGUGUAUGUCCGGAUGAUAACUGCUUAUCGCUUAUGUAUAGUAAGCUACUAGAAGACAGAAUCGCUGUUGUAGGUGGUAAUACUAUUGUUACGGCAGCCCACCAGAUCCCAUGUGCUCCGUCGUGGAGGGUUCUACUAUCUAACCCGUGUUUGGCUUCUUGGUUACUUCGUCAGAAGUUUCGUAUUGCGACCGAUGGGGCCAUGGACACUGGUCUUGGGGGAAAUCUCAGUAACGUCAACUGUGCGAUGUGUGCGUUCCGACUUGAUAGAGUUGAUACGGACACUUACUUCACACAGUUGACUUUGGCUGGCAACAAUGAGUGUAUGAAUCCACUCCUUGCCAACGUCUUGCUGAGCGAUGGUGGUAUGCUAGCCAGUUCAGCUCAUGGUUCGUGUGAAGUCGUGCUACUGCCUGCGGCUAAGGAUAAUCCUAAAGCCAUGCAGAAGGAAGUCCUCGAGGAGAAUGCUCGGUCGUUCUCAUUUCGUGACUUCAUAGAGCACUCGAGGUUCGACACCUGGUCGCCUUUUGUUAUGAACUGUGAGGCUACUCAGAAGGGUACUCUCAAACACGUGAGUACGGCUUGUGAGUAUGUAUUCUUUGGCAUCACCGGAUUCCUAUUCGGCGUGAUAGUCGUCCCUCGAGCUAUUGGUAUCAUCAAAUUCGCCUCGACUCGCAUCUUGGAGACCUUUGGUAGUGCCACACGUUCGGUCGUCCGAGGCAAGCAGCCGUCCUUGCCAGAGAUAUCGGGCAUAAGCCAAUAUGAUGUUGUUAUGGACCUCGAUGUGGUGAAGAGUAGAAACCCUGAGAAGCCUCUUAGUUCGGGUGGAAUUGAACUCAGUAGUGGCCUGUCUUCUGAUGACAACAGCGACAACGGCUCGGACAUAUCAUUCCUCUCGGAUGAUGACGAUGAUGGUGAUGAUGAUUUCUUCGUGCCUUCUCCAGCGUAUGGUAUAUUCCCUACAUUGUGA